GGCAGUAAUGACAACUUGUUAAUCCUGGAGGUUCCUUCGUGCUUUCGGAACUCGUACCGUUUUAGGAUUUGAAAGAGGAACAAAAGGCAAAUCAUGCCACAUACGAAGCACUGGCUGUACGUUUAGAUUAGAUUUUUUUGAUCGUGCGUGGGUGAGGAAUUGCCAGUCUCAGUCUUAUAAAAAUGGCACCGGGAACUAGAAAUCUUCUAAGCCUUACGUAACAGUCGAACGAAUCGAAGUUGGCUAGUUCCACCAAACUCCACAAGAAUCACGUUGGUCCAACUCCGAACAAUCACUCUUUGAAAGAGAAUACAUCGAAGAGGCGCGAGAUGGGAGGUCAGCUGUCUGUAGACAACGUCCACGUAGUCAUCGUUGGCGGCGGCUUUGGCGGUAUCGCGGCCGGACAACGGCUCAAAUCUAACGGAAUCCCCUUCACGCUUAUCGAUCUCCGGAAUGCUUUUCACCACAACGUGGCGGCGUUGCGGGCUUCGGUCCAAAGCGGCUUUGCCAGGCAGACGUUCAUACCCUUCCAGGAGACUUUUGGGGCGAGUUUCCGCCAGGGUCGCGUGGUGCAGGUAGACCCAAAGGCACAGGUGGUGGUUCUGGAAGGAGGAGAGGAAAUCCAUUACUCUCAUCUGAUCCUGUGCACUGGCACGGACGGGCCCUUCCCCGGGAAGUUCAACGCGGUGGCAGACUACCACACGGCCAUUCAGAAGUACGAGGACCUGGUGAAGGAGAUCCAGGCAGCCGCUUCGCUGGUUGUGAUUGGUGGAGGAUCAACAGGGGUGGAGAUGGCUGCUGAGAUCAAAACAGAUUACCCUGACAAAAAGGUGGUUCUGGUCCACUCCCACGUCGCCCUGGCCGACCCAGAACUGCUGCCCAGCGUCAGGCAGCAGGCCAAGGAGGUGCUGCUGGAGAAGGGCGUGGAGCUGGUGCUAGGGCAGAAAGUGUCGAACCUGUCUGACCUGGAACUGAACGUGACCCGGAAGAACACGACAGUCAUGACCGACAAGGGCACUGAGCUCAUAACUGACAUUGUAAUCAGCUGCACAGGCAACAAAAUCAACAGUGCGGCCUACAGCUCCUCUUUGGGUGGCUGCCUGGCUGAAGACGGUGCGCUGAAGGUGAACCCCCAGCUGCAGGUGGAGGGCUUUGAGAACGUCUACGCCGUGGGCGACUGCGCGGACGUCAGAGAGCCCAAGAUGGCGUACCACGCCGGUCUGCACGCCGCCGUGGCCGUCACCAACAUCAUCAACAGCCUCUCGGGCAAGGCGCCAACCUCCUACAAGCCCGGGAGCGUGACCAUGCUGCUGGCCAUGGGGCGGAACGACGGGGUGGGGCAGUUCAGCGGCGUGCGAUUGGCCCGCUGCCUGGUCACUCAGGGCAAGAGCAGAGGCCUGCUGCUGUGGAAGAGCUGGAGGGAGAUGGGCCAGAGGGCCCCCACUGAGGCGGCCUGACCGCACCCAGGGGACCCCCCCGAGGGGACCGCACCCAGGGGACCGCACCCAGGGGGCCCUGAGGCCUGCCGAACUGCACUGCAGAGAGCGCAGGGUCCUCAGACCUUUUAAACCGUCCUGAAGUAAACCCCACCCCCCCCCACUGCCACUCACACACACACACACACCCUCCCACCCCCACCACACACACACAUGCACACACAUGCCCCCACCACACACACCCACACUCACGCCCCCCACUGCCACUCACACACACACACACACACACACACACCACUCCCAGCCCACACCACACACACAGGCACACACACCCACACUCACGCCCCCCACCGCCACACACACACACACACACACCACUCCCAGCCCCCACCACACACACACACAUACCAGCCUUCGACUGCUGUGCUUGACCACCCUGAAGAGAGUGCCCCUGGCCCUGAGACAGGGGUGGGCAUUUUGGGGAAAAUACCCGGAAGGCGUCCCUUCGACCAAUUACCCCCCCUGGCUCAGGUAGCCGAUUAGCCGAUUAGCUGUUUAGGCCGAGACGUACUCACGGGUAGAUCAGACCGCGGUACAACAUUUAAUUUACGGUCAACAAAAAGUACUUCGGCUGUCACUGUCAAGAAAUUGAGCUUGAACAGAACGUCCCAUAAAUGGCUUGGGCUAAUUAAAUGCUGUGGUUAAAAGCGAAGGUUGGCUUGAGGUCCUUGCCCUUUCCCGCUCUGAGACCAUUCUGCCUUUGCGCUUUAUGACCUCACCACGCUGCAGUGACCGUACAGUGCUGGUCUUGUUGCAGCUGUAGUUUACCGUUAAGGUGCCAAGGAAAAGCUUUCUUCCAAGGGUGUGUGGGCUUAUAGCUAUAGAGUUUACGAUUUAUUAAUACACAAAAAAAAUUGCAAAAGACGUUUCACAUAGCGUUCUGUAUUUUCCCCAUUUCUUUCAUACCAAUCUUGUAGUCCUUUCAUUGAAUAAAGCAAAUAUGUUACUGUA